AUGGCCGACGCCAAGCACCUUAGCCACGCCAUCGUGGCAUUCGCCCUCGACGGCCAGUUCCCGGACGAUAUAACCGCUCUUCCGCCCAUAUCCCAGACCGACCUUGCCCCAGCAAUCGCAUCUCUCGACGAAUCCAGAGCGAAGCUCGAGGCCGAGAUCCAUGCCAUAAACGAGGAGACGAGAGGCGAGGUCAGCUCGUGGGAGAGGAAUGCAAAGAGUCUGCAGGAUGAUAUAAUACGCUCCAAAGCCAUUGCCAACGACAUUAUCCGCCAGUCUGAGGCCCCCGAGACGUCGGGGGAAGCUAUUCAGGCUGCGGAGGAAAGGGCCGAGUUUCUCGCGCGAGAGGCCCAGUACAGCCAGCAGCUACAUGGCGUGAUCAAGGGCAUACACCACGUCAAUGGUCUUCUUGACAGUGUAGAGACUGCGAGCAAGGAGCACCGCAUCCUCGACUCGUUGCGUCUUUUGGAGAAAUCCUGGGAUGCCAUCGAUCACCUGGGAGUCAGCAAGUCGUGCCGUGUCAUGCGCUUGCUAGACAUCCGUUCCUUUGAGCUCAAGUCUGAUGUACAUGCAGUUUUUGACCGACUAUGGAAGGACCUUAUCGAGGUGGACAUGGGUGCCGGCCAGGUGGCUAUCCACGACGCUGCUGGGGACGACCAAAUGACGCUGGCAGAUGCCGUCAUCGGAUUCAAGGCUUACAAGGAGGUUGACGAGCGCAUGGAGCAGCUCUGGAGAAACAUCGACGCGGCCAUUGUCACGCCUAGGAUGGACGCAAAGGCCAAGUCCUUGCCCAAGUUCCAGACAUCGGGCGACGCAAUAGGGCUGGAUGGCCGAGCGGACGGGUCCAUACGGUCGCUGCUGGCAGACCUGGAGAAGAUGCUGGCCCUCCUGGCCGCCAAGCUGCCGUCAGACCUCAUCCCCCCCCUGUGCGGCUACAUGAUGGCCGACGUGGUACCGCGGCUGAUACGAGAUUGGUUGAGCCCCGCCGUGCCGACGUCGCUGGAGAACAUGGCCGGGUUCGAGGAAACGAUGGAGGACUCGAAGCAGUUCUGCGCAAGCCUAGAGCAGCACGGGUACACUGGAUUCGAGGAGUUGCAGGACUGGGUCGAGAAUGCGCCGACGGUAUGGCUCAACAAGUGCAGGGAGACGGCCCUCGAUACGAUCCGCACAAGGCUGGCCAACGGCAUCGGAAAAUCGAGACCGGUCGAGAAGAUCGAGAAGCAGAUGGUUUCCCUGCCUGAGGGUAAAGAGCUGGCCACAUCCGGCGCGGGAGCCGCUGCCGACACGAAUGACUGGGGGGACGACUGGGGAGAGGCAUGGGACGAAGAUGGUGAAGCGGAUGUGUCUGUCGAGUCCAAUGGCAAGGCUGCCGGUGCCCAGCCCGAGGAUGACGGUACCGAUGCUUGGGGGUGGGAGGAGGAAGAGGCAGCGGGCGAGACGAAGCCGCCAUCCGGCAAGGCCGACGACGAUGAAGACGAGAGCGCCGACGCGUGGGGCUGGGGCGACGACAUCGGGACGCAGGAACCCGCUUCGGCUCCGGCUGCUACCGAUGCUGGGAAGUCGACCAAGCCGAAGUCGACUGCCACCGCAGCCGCAGCACAGAGCACACGAGAGCUCAUUCUCAAGGAGACUUACCACAUCUCGUCUAUGCCCGACCCCGUGUUGGAUCUCAUCUCUUCCAUACUCGACGACGGGGCACGGUUAGCCAAGGGAGGGGACGAGUUUGCGCACGUCUCGUCCAUGGCGCCGGGAUUGUUUGAUCUCCCGACUUCUGCGCUGGCAUUGUUCCGAGCCAUCUCGCCUCAUUACUAUUCCCUCGACGGAGGCGGUAACAUGUUCCUCUACAACGAUGCCAUGUACCUGGCCGAGAGGCUAUCGACCUUGUCGGAAGAGUGGAGGCAGCGGAGCGACGUGACGCCCCCGGUCAAGGGCAUGCUCCGGCUGGAGGCAGACGCGAAGAGCCUGCAGAGCUUCGCCAACCGCAGCUACACCGACGAGAUGAACGUGCAGAAGACGGUCCUACGGGACCUCGUCGGCGGAUCGCAGGGCCUAGCAGGGCAGGACGAGUGGGAGUCGGCCAUCGAGUCAGGCACGGCGCGGGUGCGGACCAUGGCAGCGACGUGGGAGCCCAUCCUUGCGCGGUCAGUCUGGUCGCAGGCGGUGGGAUCUCUGGCCGACGCGCUGGCGAUGAAGCUCAUCACGGACGUGCUCGAGAUGUCGUCGAUCGGACAGGACGAGGCCUACAGCAUAGCCAAAGUCAUGGCUGCGGCCACGGAGCUGGACGACCUUUUCCUGCCGAGCAAGCUGUCGGGUGCCGGCGCGGGGACGGGAGCGGCGACGGCGGCAGAAGGCGACGAGAUGCCCGCGACGGCGCAGUACGCGCCCAACUGGCUUCGGCUCAAGUAUCUCAGCGAAGUGCUGCAGAGCAACCUCAACGAGGUGAAGUUCCUGUGGCUGGACAGCGAGCUGAGUCUGUACUUUACGGUGAACGAGGUGACGGACCUGAUCGAGGCGAGCUUUGAGAACAAUUCCAGGACGAGGGAGGCGAUUCGGGAGAUUCAGGCGAGGCCCAACCCGUUGGCAUAG